AUGCUGUCAAAGAGCAUGGGCAGGGCAGGGCGAAAAGAGCCAAUGACAUCAUCCGCAGAAGGAGGGAGAGAGAGAGAGCGAGUAUGCGAUGCAAUACAAGUGGCCCAAGGCGGCGUGAGGAAGGAGGGCUUCUUCUCAUACUCACGCGGGAGCCAGGAGCAGCAUCACAACGGCGCGGCGUGCGUGCGGAACGGGAGCACUCCCACUGACUUGCAUAUAAGACUCCGCCUGGAACAUUCUCUUGCCCCCCCAACCCCUAUCCCCUCCCUCCCCUCCCCCUCCCCCUCCCUCCACAUCCCCAACACUGAGCUACUUCAGGUGGAUCAUCCGGGCAUGCUCCUUAAGCCAAAGUAUGACCGCUUUCGCAACGAGUCUGUGACUUCUUCCUCCGAUGACCUGAUGCAGAGCUUCGCCAUGAGCGGCAAAGUCGUAGCCACGCCGGCGACCCCCUCCUCGGCCCCCGGCCUCCCCCUGCCUCUCCUGGACUCCGCCGCCAGGUCCUCCGGAGCCGCGGCUCUGGCCGAGUCGCCCUGCCUGGACGGAGAGCAGGACGGCACCACCACCUUCUGCAUGCUCAUCCCCAAGAUGCCGCAGUGGAAGUUCUCCAACUCCUUGCUGAGCCGAAGCCCGUCCAACUCCAGCUCUAGCUCCAGUUCCAGCAAGGACUCGAGCAAAGCCGCCCACCAAGCGUCCCCUUCCUCCUGCCUCUCUUCAUCGUCCUCACACAGGCACAGCGGUGCGCCUUCAGCCAGCGGUCCCGUUGCCAGUCUGGCCGCCGUGCUCAACUCGUGUGACCCGGUGUGCGUCACCCCGUGUUCUCUGCAGGCCAUUCGCGGGCAGAGAGCGCCGGCGCACUCCGGCCAAGGAUUCGAGGAGGUCACGGCCGGCCCCGGUGGCUCCGGCGGCGGAGGCUGCAGAUCGGGAAUGAGUCGCAGGACAAGGGUGGAGGGCAUGUGGCCGAGCGGUGACGAUCUAAGCCAGAAGGGCAGCUUCGUCCACAAACCUUCCCAAGGGUGGCUGCAUCCGGACAAGAAGAUCGCAGGACCGGGAGCCUCUUACAUCGUCAGGUACAUGGGCUGCAUUGAAGUGCUGAAGUCAAUGCGCUCCUUGGACUUCAACACGCGCACUCAGGUGACUCGGGAGGCCAUCAACAGGCUCUGUGACGCUGUGCCAGGUGGAAAAGGUGCAUGGAGAAAGAAGGCUGUGAACAAAGCUCUUCAUUCCAUCAUGGGAAAGAGCAACCUGCGCUUCGCCAGCAUGAGCAUCGCUGUCAAUAUUUCCAUUGACGGACUGGGUCUGCUCAUUCCUACCACAAGACAGAUGUUAGCACACCACCCUAUGCAGUCCAUCUCAUUCGCCUCCGGUGGCGACACAGACACACCCGAUUAUGUCGCCUACGUGGCCAAAGACCCAGUCAAUCAGAGAGCGUGUCAUAUUCUGGAGUGCUCGGACGGUUUGGCUCAGAGUGUCAUCGGUACUAUCGGCCAAGCCUUCGAGUUGAAGUUUAAACAGUAUCUGCACAGUCCACCCAAGACUCUGACGUCUUUGGACAGGUCCUUCAGGACAGAGGAGCCGGCGUGGGGGGAGGACGACGACUUUUCCGAGCACGACUACUACAACAGCAUCCCGGGCAAGGAGCCUCCUGUCGGGGGAGUGGUGGACUCCAGACUGCGGCCCAGCAAAUCCCAGCUUGCUCACAUCCACACACAACCGCAAAGCAGGGCAGCACAACAGAUGGGUUCACCAGCGAAAAGGGAGCAAGCAGCUCACCAUGCAAGUCAGCUCUGCUAUGAACUUCAUUGGGAAACCGAUGCGACCAGUGGCUCAGAUGGUUACUUGUGCGCUGAUGGCCAACUACCUGGCAUCAAAGACUACGAGGAGCAUCAGUAUGUGAACACACAGAGUUUGGAAAACUUGGAUUCUUUGGCUCAAGGCCCCGAUGGACAGAGGGGGGCCAGGGGCCCUGACAGUCCCAAGAAGGACCUCUUUGACAUGAGGCCCUUUGAGGACGCCCUAAAACUGCACGAGGCAGGCGGCGCUACUGCGGUGGAAGGCGGAGGCGUGCAGCUACCGGAGCACCAGUGGCCGAGCCCACCGCGGCGCCGGGCCCCCGUGGCCCCGAAUGAGGAGCAGCUCCGGCGGGAGACCUGGUACCACAGCCGCAUGAGCCGGCGGGAUGCCGAGAAACUGCUGGUCCGAGACGGAGACUUCCUCGUGCGGGAGAGCACUACCAACCAGGGCCAGUACGUGCUGACGGGCAUGCACUGCGGCCUGCCAAAACAUCUGCUACUGGUGGACCCUGAGGGAGUGGUCCGGACCAAAGACAUGUUAUUUGAGAGCAUCAGCCACCUUAUCGCGUACCACCUGAAGAACGAGCUGCCUAUCGUGGCGGCCGAGAGCGAGCUCCACCUCAAGCAGGUGGUCAGGAGGAAACAAUGAGCCAUCUGCCCCCCCCCCACCACCACCACCUCCCCGCAAUGGGACGUGCAAACCAAAAGGGGGUUGUUUAUCCCAAAUGGACACUUGUGUGACAAAUGACGGCGUCGAAGGAGAGUGAGACGCCGUCGCCUUUUGGGAUAUUCAUAUCAUCAAAACUGUCCCUGGUCUUGUCCCCCAGCAUGCAGCUAGUAAGCUAAACAAAGGACCUAAAAGACUUCCAUGUCUAUUGUAUAGUUCCUGCUCCUGCCCUGCAAUGACUUACCUCACCAGUUAGUUGCACAAAUGCGACGCAAACCUAAAUCACAUGAGAUUCUGCCGCUGUGGUUACAUGGCUCUGAUGGGACAAUGGAGGAACAAAACUUUUUUAAAAAACUGAGUACACAGUUUGUAUGUCUCCCUGCUAACCAAAAGCAGCAAACCUGCAACGGUGGACAGACACAAUAUAUAAUCUAGCUCAAUGAGUCAUGCUUUGUAUUUUGUCACAUAUGGUGCACACUCACUGGCCACUUUAUUAGGUACAUCUAGUCAGUCCCAGGAAUUGAGCUCCAAUGUACAGUAUUAGAAGUCAGUCUUUACCAAGGUCAUAAUGCUCAAUUUUAUACAACAAUGUGUUUAUUAAUGUUUCCUUGCAGUGGUGUAGAACUGCACAUUGGAACCAUUCUUCUGGUAAAAUCAGGUAAACUAAACUAUUAUAUUUAUAGUAUUAGAUGUGAUUAAUAAAUGAUAGUAAUAAAAUAUAUACAUAAUAUUAAUAAAGAAACAAUCAAUAGUCGGAAUAAUGUCUUUGAUUUGAUUUCUAUAUUCUAAUAUUUGAAGAAAUAACGAUGCUAAAAUAUUAGAAAAUUAUGAAAGGUUUAUGAAGAAUAAAUUAUAGCAAUGCUAUACAUACUAAUAAUUAGGAAACAUAAACAAUAAAUAUUAGUAAUAAUAACCACAUCACUUUGCCUUAAAGUCCACUAUCUUAACGCUAACACACAAUGGGAAACGCCAUAGACGGGUUAACGAAUAGUUGUGGUGUCAGUGUUAUAACCAGUCAAGCAACAGAUAUUUGAACCCAAAUGGUGGAGCAACAUUUGCAGACAGAUAAUAUAAUAAUACUCACAGGCAUAUAUGAAGAAUGACUAAUAUUAAGGAGUAGCACAAUGUCUAUUGAAUUGAAACAAAAAAUUGGGACAAAAAUGGUUUGUCUUUAAAUUCUUUUUAAUUGUGCCAUUACUGUUAAGUUUUUAUAAAGUGCAAUUUUCCAAAUUAAAAUACACAUUACAAACUUUUUUGGGGGGAGGCUGGAACAGAUUAAUUCAAUUUCCAUGUAUUUUAAUGAGUAAAGAUGAUUUGAGAUACUAGUGAAUUGAGUUACAAGCUUGGUCGCAGAAGAAAAUAAACCCAUAUCUCAAGGUAUUUAGGGGGGAAAAAAUGUAUUAAAUACAAUUAAUAUAAAUACUGUAUAGUAAGAACUUGGCAAUGUAUAAUUAAUAUUAAAAAUAAAGAAAUGGAAAAAUAACAACAGCACAAUUAAUAAUAUUAAUUUAAAAUGGAUUACAAAAUAGGCCAAUAUUUUAAGUUCUUGUCAGGGUAACCAAAAUAUGAGAAAGAGCUCUCAGUUUGAUGCAUUACAGUCGUACACCACAGCAAAAAAAACAAAACAAACAAACAACAACAACAAAAAACUCUCUCGGACUUUAUCUCCUGAAAUUGUGUUGGUGUACCUAAUGAAGUGACAAGUGAGUGAAUUAAGAACCCCCCACCCCGGCCCUCCCCACAGCCUGUCCAACUUCAGUGCCUUAAUAACCAGACAGGGACAGGCAUUUAGUGUACAGAAUGUGCGUCGUCGUCCCUGUUGCAAACAGACUGUUUUUUUCUGCAAUGCCAAUGAAUGACUGUACGAACAUCAGGAUGAUUCUGCUCGUGUACUCGUAAACAGGAAUGUAAGCUGCUCAUUUUAGGGUCAAUACAUAAUAAUCAUGUUCCUUUGUGCCCCCCCCCCCUCCCCCAGUUGCUAAACCCCUUUGGGUCAAGUCAUACAAAUAUGGAUUACAUCCUGACCUGAUGUUUUCUUUGUCCCAGGCUCAGGCAAACAUGUUUUUACUUUAUAGCUUUAAAUGGCUUCUUGUGUGUUUCAACUCUAAACUUGAGCUAUGGAGAUAUUAGUAUGAUCUUCCGCUGCUCCUGGCUGCAGUUUCAUUGUAUGCACCGCCUUUAACGGCCUUAUCACAACUUGCAUUUUCCUUUCUUUCUCAGGAAUCUCUUGUCUUUGCUUGAUUGACAACGUCCUUCUCAAUAAAAGUCAUCGAAAA